UCAAGUAAUAUUUUUAUUCUACUUCUUCUUAAUUUAGAGUUCAUUUUAAGUUGUGACUUAAAUAUAAAAGAGUUUGUAAAGAAAUUUGGCUUUUGGUUGAGUUAUUUUUCUUAAAACACUGUUCUUAACAACCACUUUUAAAGAUAUUAAAUACAUAUCUCUUCUCUUAAACAUGUGUACUGGAAAAUCAUCACACGCAAAAUCCUCACCCAAGUUUGGGAAAACAAGCCCUACUUCUUCUGUGCUGGGUUCCAACGGUAAAGGAACGACCAAAGUGGAACUCAAAGACAGAGCACAUGACAAAACCAAGGCAGCUGCAGCUAAGAAUGUUGCAAAGGCACCAGCAAAAGAGAACAAAAAGCCACUAGAGUUCAAGCUUCAUUCUGGCGAGAGAGCAGUGAAACGUGCCAUGUUCAACUAUUCGGUUGCAACUAAUUAUUACAUCACAAAACUGCAGAAAAAACAAGAAGAGAGGUUGCAGAAGAUGAUAGAAAAGGAAGAGAUUCGUAUGCUGAGGAGGGAAAUGGUUCCAAAAGCUCAAUUGAUGCCUUUCUUCGACCGACCUUUCCUCCCACAGAGAUCGAGCAGACCAUUGACGAUGCCAAAGGAGCCAAGCUUUGGGAACGUAAACAGCACCUGUUGGACUUGCGUCUUCAACAACCAACACUAUCUCUACCAUUUUCACCAUGCUCAUGCUUAAAUCUUGUUCAGAGCCACUAGCUCAAAUAGAGUCUUUUGAUCAUUUUCAUUCGAAAUCUUUCUUUUCCUAUUUUACCUUUUUAUGUAUUGGCAGCUUUGUCUCUCUUAUUUUGUCAGUUUUUUUCGUAGAUAAUAAACGAACGAAUCUCGAUUUCCAGUAACAUCAUAUUCAUGUA